CCGACCACUCAUCCCUCCCUCUCGAUCCAAGGAAGAAGGGAUACACACUCUGCGAUGGCUCCGAGGGCGAAGGCUUGCAACCCCGGUGGCGAGGGAUGCGGCGGCGGAGACCGGAAGGGGAUGCACUACCGGGGCGUCCGGAAGCGGCCAUGGGGGCGGUACGCGGCGGAGAUCCGGGACCCGGCCAAGAAGUGCCGCGUGUGGCUCGGCACCUUCGACACCGCCGAGGAGGCCGCCCGCGCCUACGACGCCGCCGCCUGCCGAUUCCGUGGCCCCAAAGCCAAGACCAACUUUCCCUGUCCCGCCGAAUCCCUCGCCUGCGCCACCGGAUUAGCGGCCGGAACGGCGGCGCCAGCCAGCCCCAGCAACAGCACCAUCGAGUCGUCCACCUCCUCGAGGCGGCCCGCCGUCGGUCCCUCGCCGCUAAAUCUCGCGCUGCGGCGGCCGUCCUCCCUGUCCCCCUUCCCGCACUCGGACCUGAUCGCUGCUGCCAAGAAAUCGGCGGCGGUUAGGGAUUUCAGAGGGCCGGCUUGUGGCGGGGUGGAGAGCGACUCAGACUCGUCCUCGGUGGUGGAUUGUCCUCGCUCCCCAACAUCCGUCUGGCCGACGGACACGAUUCGCUUCGAUUUGGAUCUCAACCUGCCGCCUCCGCCGGAGUUCGCGUGAUCGAAAGUGACAUGAAUCGAAGUCCUCCUUUCGAAACGUCUGUAGAUAACCAUUCUCUGUAGUUCCCACAUGUGACAAGUCAACCUCUCACACACUCCUUCCGUGCUUCGUUGCCUCCACUUGCACACGGUUGCGUCGUCGUCGUCGUCCUUCCUGUCGUCUCCUUGGCCGCCUCCUGCAUCCUCUGCGCCGUCCCGACCACCUUCUCUCAUCGACUCUGCCUUGUUUGAUUGCUUUGCCUUCAUCACGGACGACUCCAUCGAGUCCUUCGCUUCGUCUGAGGCGACAACGGAACACCUCAAAGUUGGGAUGUGUACUAAAUCUGACAAGUCACGAGAUGCGAUCGCAAAGCCCAAUAAAUAAUGCUUAUGCUAAGAAGCUAUUAUUUCAUGGUUGGCACAGACAUACAAUUCUACAGUGUAUUGGGGCUUUCUUGCAUUAAACUGAUGGUGUUGUUCAUCCAAUUAGAUAUGAAAAGUCUGAUUGGAUAUGAACUCCGGCCACUUUGUCAACUCCAAAGUCAAUUUGAGUUCAUA